AUGGCAAAUGACGGCGCAGACAGUGACCCUGCAGCUCGAACAGUCACUCCGGUGCCCAUGCGAAAUACCUUCUCUUGCGUAACCUGUCGCCGUCGCAAGGUCAAGUGCAACAAACACCAUCCGUGCAACCAUUGCAUCAAGGCAGGCCUCACAUGCGCCUUUCCACCACCACGGCGAUCAUGGAAGCUUGCAACGCAGUCUCAUGCAGCAUUGGUGGCCGAGGUGAUGCGCUUGGAAGGCGUUGUAAACUCGUUGCAAUCCGCCCUCGAGAAUCAAGACGCCGGAGUCGCAGAGCACGACAAUAAUCACCACGACACAAACUUCACCGACAGAGAUGCCCAGCCCCGGGAUUACCAGGGGAACCGAGCCUCCGGCAGUCCCGGACCAAACGCAGGUUCGUCUGAGGAUGGCGAGGCUGCUAGUCAGUCCCCACCCCAAGUGGCUUUGCCUGUUCCCACGUCAAAGUUGUUGCCACGCCCAAGUACCGUUACCGGCUCAGCGAGUCCAGAGUACGCCAUCGAUUCCCCGUCUGCAGCAUCGGUCGCAAGCCGGAAAUUCGAAACCGUGAUCAUUGACGAAGGCCGCAACCUAUAUCUGAGGGGCUCCUUCUGGGCUGCUCUCUCUUCACAGACUGUGGAACUCUUCGGAUCAGACAAAAGGCCUUUGGACAGCGACAAUGACUACGAUGAUUAUGGUGACAUCGACGACUAUGAAAACUGCGAGGAGAACGGACGGUCACUGCGCCCAGAAGAAAAGACAGCAUCACAAGGAGGAGACAUGCCUGCCCACUUGUACAAUUCGUCCAUCGAAUCCUUCGGAUCAGUAGCUAGUAUCUUCCCUGUUAGUUUCGGCGACUCCAUGGAUUCAUUCCUACCGAUCAUGAGGCAUCCUUGUGUUGAUACUCGUCAAAAAUUGUGGAAGGUCUUCAGAGAAAGUGUAGACCCACUAAUCAAGGUGCUUCACCUGCCGACUGUAGAGCCUUUACUCAUUGAAUGGUUACAACAAGACGACACGCUACUUGCUCCAACUGUCAUGUCCUCUCUGUUGAUCUCCACUAAUUCCCUCGAUCACAAGGUAACUGCAACUCUCGCCCGCCUUCUGAUACUGGAGUUCAAACUCGCUUUGUUCACGCCCGUUGAGCGCCACGCGGGCUUGUCUGCUGCGGAACGAGAUGAGUUUUUUGCUGAUGCAGUCGAAAGCCUGGAGUUGAGUAAUAAGUUGUUGACCGACCGUCGUGGCGUUCGAUGGACGUGGUUGUUUCGAAGUUUCACUUUAUGGCAUCCUCUCGCGUUCGCCAUCGCCGAAUUGCCUCGAGAACCCAUCCGCAAGGAACAAAGUAGGGCAUGGGCAGUCGUUGAGCAGGCCAUGGUCUCACGGUGGAAAAGUCCACAUAAGGUACGAAGCCACCAAUGGCGAUCCAUGUUGAGUCUUAUGCAGGCGGCAAAGGUCGCUCGCGCAAGAGAGAGACGACGCCGAAGGGAGUCCGUUCGUACGAGAACCUUCAACCCAAGUCCGACCUUCCAAGAUCCUGGCUACGAUGUCCUAUGGGAUUCAGGCAAGAACAGAAACAUUGACCCAGUGGAUACCGACAAUGAACUACUGAUGCACGCCUCGCCAAUGACUUCCGCGCCGCCAAUCAUGAACUUUGAGCAACCACUGCAGCCGAGCGGUCCAUCAGGCAAUGACCCGCCGCCGAUGUCGAAUGAUACGAUAAACUCAAAUGAAACAUGCCCACUCAGUUUUGACAAUAUAUCAGUGGUAGGGGAAAUGGAGACGUUUCCCGCCCUGAAUUACUUUAACCCCGACAACGAGUUUACUAAUAUAACUCCUACUUACGCCCCGGACAGCUCUGCCGUCUUGGUAUUGGAUAAUUGCCAACACAUCAUCCGACGACAUCUUGCCUCCACCACCGUCAAGGCUCUCACAAUGCCCUCCGGUUACAUAUGCCUCUACAAGGAAAGCCAGAGGUCGUUCCUCUUCUACGUCGUCGCCAACGUCGGCCCUGGAGGGAGCACCCGUCCGCUCGCUGUCGCCUACCGCCAAGGCAAUGAUGUCAGCCCCUCGCCUUUGACACGCGUCGAAAACGUCGUGAACGACAUCCUGAGCGUGGUCAAGAUCCUUUCAGAGCCCGCCAACCGCGCCCCCAUCGAGGCAGAACGGGCGCAGGCGACGGACUGGUAUCGCCAGCGCCAGGAUGCGGACACGGAACCAAGGCCGGCCGCGCUGCCAGACUCGCCGCAGCCUCCAUUCAAGGGUUGGAAGGAGAAAUGGCAGCCCGUUGUGCAGCCUGAGCUACCGCUCAACGACAAUCCUGCAGAAUUUCCCUCUACCAGUGAGUGCCUUGUCUCGGGCUUGUUACGGGGCAGCAAAAGCACUCGUCCUGGCGACGUACAGCUUCAGCCGCCAUCCACCCCCUUUCAUGGCGACUGUUUAGAGUACGGCAUGGUAGUCAUCGACAUUUCGAAUCUUGAGCACAUCAAGUACGGCAUCGUCGCCUUCCCCGUGCGCUACAUGGCCCAAGUUGACUAUCAUUCCGCAUACGGUGGCUGGGAUCCGGUAGAAGAUCCGCCGCCCAGAACAGAGCCGGACGUUGUUCUUGUCGACGAGAGACCUCGCGUACCUUUGUCCAUUCUUGGGUACCUGCGUAAAUACUUUCCCUUCAUGGAGAACGAUCCGAAAGUCCUCGAGCUUGAGGCCUGCCCGCUUAUUGACGAUCCCAGUGCUUUGGACUGUGAGUUUUCGGAAAAUUUCAUUCAUGGUCUGAGCUGA